UGCUUUUAGCCUCUAAAGUGAUUCGGAUCUGCUCCAAAAUGUAAUGUAUUCUUCUUUGCCCUGUGUUACACCCUUCCACCAAGUUUCAUAAAAGGUUUUAAGCUUUUCACAAACAAAGGCUGGUGGGCAGAGGCCAAAUGUAAUGACGACGUGUUGUCUGGACUUCAGCAAUGCGUUGCUAAUUUCUCUUUAUUGUAAGUUACUAAGUUGUAACAGGGCAUAAAGUAAACCAAAAAAUCUAUUUCAAGCUGUACAUAAUUACUAGAAAUGGGUGAGACUACAAUAUAUUGGUGUAAGACAGGCUACGAGAGCACAGAUGGUGCUACCUGGGCCUCAUGCAACAGAGAUGGAUGGACACCAAAUCCACUCUGUCAAGUUUUAGAGAGUGUAGGCUGUGGGAGUCCACCACCUCUCACAGAUGGAGACAUCAAGUACACCGUUAAAAGUAAUUACAGCCAUCAAGAAAGGGUUGAAUUCAUGUGUCAAAGAUACUACACCAUGGAGGGUGGGCCUCACAGAACCUGCAUCAACGGUGAAUGGACCGGACAGAUGAGAUGCCUCAAACCCUGUAUUGUGAAUGAAGACGUCUAUAGACAACAUAACAUUACUUUAAAAUCUAGUGACAGUACAUUUUUCACUCAUGAUGAAAUAGUUGAGUUCAGGUGUGCCAGAGGAGUACCAGUUGGUGCAGUGGCAAUGCGUCAGAGGUGUAAUGGUGGUGUGAUUCUCCUGCCUACCUGCCAGUGAGAGUCAUCUGAAAGUAA